AUGAACCUCCCGAAGUUGCUGAUCGUUGGAUUUCUGCUGUGCUCUCUAACUUGCUUCUUGAAACCUCUGGUUUCCUCUUCGUCAUCUUUAACUGCUUAUAGACUACAAAAGGAGGACAGAUCAAAACCCCUCUCAAAGGAAAACUACAGGUCCUGGAUGAGCAACUUCAAGGGUUACUUGCGGGAUCUCAUCAAAAGCUCCCUACCUCCGGCAGCCAUUUUUGCCUUUCUUGUGAGCACCGCGCUAAUGGGAACCCUUUGCUGCCUCACGUAA